AUGGAUGGGAAUCAGAGACUUCAAAUAUUAAUAUUGCAAAUUUCACAGUCUUCUCCAAUAAACGAUCUGGGAGAGGAGGUGGAGUCGCGAUAUAUGCUCGCAACGACCUUUGCGCCACUCAAGUCGCUGCUUCAAGUGACCACGAAUUUGAAGCUCUCUGGGUUUACUUCCGGCCACAUCAUCUACCAAGAUCCAUUUCUGGAAUUAUUGUUGGGAUUGUUUACCUCCCUGCUGGUUGGAAACCUGCUGUUGGUCGACGUCUAUUUGACCACGUCACAGUAUCUAUCGACACUUUUACUCCAAAAAUAUACAAAUUCCGGUAUUGUAUUAGUGGGCGAUUUUAAUCACUGGAACUCUGAAAUAAUCUGUAAAAUGUUUAAAAUUAAACAAAUAAUAGAUUUUCCUACUUUUAUGAAUCCCGACGGAGAGUGUGCAACGCUCGAUUUGAUAAUGACUAAUUUGACACAAUUUUAUCGUAAACCAACAGAAUCUCCACCACUUGGACAGAGUCGACACAAGUCCAUAUUCUUAACGCCGAUGCCCGUCCAUCAGAUGGCAGUCAAGAGCAAAAUAACUAAGGUUACUCGUCCACUAACAAGUGAAGGGAUGAAUGAACUUCGUGACCUACUUCAUAAAGAGGAUUGGAGCGACGUACUGAAUUCGAAAUCUAUAGACACGAAAGAUAAGGUUUUCCACAAAAUUAUGUUUGGUUUAAUCCAUAAAUGCUUCCCUCAAAAAACUACGCAGGUUUGUACGAACGACAAACCAUGGUUUUCUCCAGAACUCCGCCAUCUCAUUAAAAUACGGGACAAACUCUUCAAACAGAAUGACCCAAAGUGGAAAAUUUAUCGACACAAAGUCAGAAUGAAGAUAAAGUCUGAUCGACUCAACUUCCGCAACAAUUUUAGCCAGAAGCUGGGUCAAUUAACAUCUCGAUCCUGGUACGGACUUGUGAAAAAACUCACGGGAGCCAGCUCGCGAUCAAUAUUGACCAUAGCAGAAGGCAUCGACAACAAUUCGAGUCUAGAAGGUGACCCAUACACAAUUCUGAAUCGUGUUAAUGACCACUUCGCCAGCAUCACCAACUCUAAAUCUUCAUCUGUCCCCGUCAGUAUACCAUGCUACCUCCCUAGUCAUCUUCCUCCUAUUGAAGUAUCCCAUAUUGAGGUCUACAAAAAGUUGACGGCACUCGACCCAUGCAAAAGCAAUAGCUCCCAGGCCGUCCCCUCAAAAAUAUUAAAGGAAUGUGCAAUUGAGCUUUGUUACAUCCUGUCGCAUCUUCUAAACUCCUCCUUCGAAUCUGGUGACCUUCCUGCAUCAUGGAAAGACGGAUUCAUCACCGCCAUUCCUAAAACCCCUUCAGUCACCUCCUAUUCACAACUACGCCCAAUCACAGUCACCAGCAACCUGGCAAAAAUCGCAGAACAAUUUAUCUACGAAGAUAUAUAUGAAAAAAUAUCAAGCCAAAUAAGUGUACAACAGUUUGGAGUCUUAAAGAAGUCCUCUACUGCUCACUACCUUAUCCAACUUUUCGACUUCCUGCUUAAAUCCAUUGAUAAAAAGCCAUCUCAAGUAAUCAUUUCUCUGCUGGACUGCGAAAAGGCUUUUGACCUUAUUAAUCACAACAUUCUUAUCAAUCGACUUAUUAAAAUGGGAAUAAACGAAAAUUCCAUUCGUUGGAUUCAAUCCUUCCUUACAAAUCGGAAAAACUGCUUAAGGGAACACGCGUCUCAUGGCAUUGACCCCGUAAACUCCAGAGUUUAUGGGUUUGUUGAUGAUCUCACCAACUUAGAAGUUGUAAGUGGAGAGCCAAUCACUUCAUCUUCUCUCCAAGUAGCAAGCCACACCACCAAAGAAAUCGACAUGCGACUUAACGCCAAGAAAACCGUAUCACUCGUAGUCGACACCCGCCGCAAACCUGAAGACCACAUCAUCUCAGUUGACUCGACGCCCAUCCCAAAAGUCAAUUCAGUGAAGCUUUUAGGAAUCAUUAUCAAUAACAAUUUGACCUGGGAUGAUCAUAUUAAGUAUAUUACCAUCAAAGCAGCGAGCCGAUUGAACUACCUUCGUAAAUUGAAAGCUCUUGGUUUUCAGAAAGAAGAACUUUUGAUAGCCUAUUGCAGUUUCAUACGUCCCGUCCUCGAGUACAAUUCCACAGUUUGGGGACCAGGACUGUCAAUUGAUCAAGCCAGCGCUGUAGAAAAAAUUCAACGACGAGCCGUGUCGUCCAUCGUAAACAAAAAAGUGAACGAGACUAGUUACGAUGACCAACUCUCCAAAUUAAGGCUGGACACAUUACGGAAACGAAGAGAACUGGCACUUACACGUCUCGGAGCCAGCAUUCUGCAGAAUCCAAGGUUGAGGAAAAUGCUUCCUGAAUUCAAUAAGAAUACCAACGCCCGCUCUCUCCGACAGAUGAAUCUUCUAGUUCCACCCUCGACAUCAAGAAAACGAUACAAGUUCUCAGCAAUCCCAGCAAUGGUGGAACUUAUCAACGCAGAGUUCCGACUCAAGAAAUCGUUUAUGGGAAAACAAUAUCUUCAUAAUGAGUCAGACGACGAUUUUUACAACCAUUACUGA